AUGCUUCGUCAACCCCCCAUAACGGGAUCUAUGACCAGUACGCACUUGCCACUGCCUCGUUCACUCACCUCCUCGGCGUGGUCGGAGGCUGCCUCCGUCUCUACGCCCACCAAUCAGCAGUUCACUGAGCCAGAGCCUGAGGGCCACAACUGCUAUGAGGGCUGGGAGGAGGACCUGCUGCCUGAGGAGAGGGAGGUUCCUCUGCUAAACCUCUACCUUACCACCAAGAGAGUGGAGGACAUCGCCCUGAYGCUCGUCUCRCUGCGCCAGGCCUUCACUGACGAGGCCYAAUUCAUCCGUGCCUAUAACGACUUUGUGGACUACCUGAGUGACCCCUCCAAGCAGAUUGACAUUGAGAGGGAGCUGGCUGAGGCAAAGAUCCAUCAUGUUAACCUGAUAGAUGUCCUCUUUGAACUGGUGAUGUUCGGGAUGAUGACAGCUCAGAAGUCCCUGAUGGUGCACCCUGGUGGGUUCAUGGAGCGUCUGUACGCUCUACUGAACUCCUUCCUGCCCGUAGCUGCCAGCAUUGAGCCAAAGGCCGAGAGAUACCUGCUGCUGCUCAAUGGCGGGCUGAUGGCUCUGCUAGAUGACAUGUUUGGGCAGCAGCUGGCCUGGUACUUUAACCCAGUGUCUCUGGUCACUGAGCUCUCCAGCCUCCUGGAGUACCACCUGGAGAACCUCAUGGCCAGCAUGUAGUCCUACUGCAGAGAUCUGGAAGGCCACACUUCUCUCUCUCUCUCUCUCUCUCUCAGGAAUUGAGGACUUGAAGUGCUUUGUUGAACCCUGAUUAGUUAACACCCAUUAAUUGAAUGUAUUCUCUUGUUUUCUCUCCCACAGGAUUCUUGUUACACUUUGCCACCUAACAGGGGUCUAGACACAAAUGCACUACAUUACUUUGCACUGAAUUUUACAUUUUUAAAUAAAAUAAUUAAUAGUUCAAAAGCAUUUGUCUCUGUGUUUUCAUUUACUUGAUUAUUUCAUCACUAUUUCCUCUUCCUGGAGUUAUGAGGCUAAUAUUACAUUAUUACAUGAACAACUAUGCUUUAUUCUUUGCAUAUGGAAAUUAAAAACAAAGUUUAGGGGAUUUACAGGUACUACUGGCCCACACUUUAUGGCUUUGAAUUGUGAUGUGUGAUUCUGUACUAUUUAAAAAUAUGUAGGCCUACAUACACUGAGUUUACAAAACAUUAAGAACACCUUCCUAAUAUUGAGUUGCACCCCCUGU